UUCUCCCCUCCCCUCUUCUGCCCGUGCACGCGGCGACCCCUUCCCGCUCGUCCUCGCCAGCGCCGGCGAGGCGAGCAGCAGGAACACCGGCGAGGCGAUAGCGCAGCCGGACGCCCGCCACGGGCUCGACGGAAUGUCUGAGGGGAGCGGGGCCGCGAGGAGCAAGAGGCAGGCUGCGGCCGGCGGUUCCGACCGCCUGGGCGCGCUCCCGGACGGGCUCCUGCAGGACAUCCUGUCCUUCCUGCCUUCGCCGGCCGUCGUGCGAACGUGCGUCCUCGCCCACGGUGUUCCUGCGCUCCGCAUCACCCGCGACGUCGCCAGGCGGUACUGGGGCCCGACCGCCCUGAAUGGGUUCGUCAACCACUUGCUGUUCCUCCGCGAACGGUCACCUCUCCGAGUGGCCGAGUUCAACACCAAAGAUGGGGGUGAUUUUGAUGAGGCUGUGCGGUACCUGGAGCUUUGGGUGCGGUACAGCCUGUCCUGCCAGGUCGCCAAACUCCGCGUUGCCUGCGAUGACGAGCUAGAACGUUGGCUGCUUCCCAAGGGGCUUAUAACCUUCGAGCACUUGACAACGCUUGAGCUUAUCCUGGUCAUGUCGGAGCACGAUGUGGAUUUCUCGAGCUGUGUGUCACUGCAGGAUCUUAAGAUGGAAUGUUCUAGCAUUUGCUGCAACAGGAUCGCAUCCCCAUCACUAAAGCGUCUCAGAAUCUCAGAAUGCCGCUUCCUUGGGGAUGUCCGUACCCAAAUAUCUGCCCCAAAUCUCAUUUCCCUUCUGUUAGAUUCCUGCACGCAAAGGACUCCAUUGCUUGAGAGCAUGCCGGUGCUAGAGGAGGCAGUUGUCAGUCUUCAAAAUUGUUCUGAUUUUUGUCGAAAUGGUUAUGAGGUUGGUGAUUGUGGUGAUGAGUCAUGUUGGGGAUGCCAAGAUAGCAACUAUGGAAAGAAUACCUGCGUGCUUCUUCAAGGUUUGUCAAGCUGCACGAAUCUGGAGUUAAUAUCUGCAACAGCACCAACAAAACCAACAUCAUCGUUUAUUUUCAGGAAGGAUUUGACACAAUGCCCUGUAUUUAGCAAGUUAAAAACUUUGUUACUCGAUGACUGGUGCAUUACUACCAACCAUGGCGCGUUAAUCUGCUUUCUCCAGCACUCACCAGUUCUAGAGAAGCUGAUUCUUCAUUUUUCUAAGACACAUGGGAAUUUGGUGGAAAUGGGAGCAAGUUAUGAUCUGAGGAAGCAGCCCCUUGCAUUGAAGGACCUUAGUGAAGUUCAAUUUGAUGAAGGUGAUGAGCGGGUUCUCAAAGUCUUAGAUGUCUUGUGUUCCUAUGGUUUACCUCCUGAGAAAAUCAAGAUCCAAUAUCCUCUAGAGCUGAUUGGGAUCUGAUUCAUGACACUUGGACUUCUGGAAGUUUGAGUUCUGAGCAGAAGAUUUAGUUACGCUGUGGAUGGAGCUUUGGUCUCUUGACAAUUCAGGAUGCAUAUUGAUUGAGAAAUGUCAGCCAUGAGGAUAACUGAUGUAAUGUGUAUACUGGGAAUUUCGGAUCUUAUGUCAUCAACACAGUUAUCACGCCUGGUUUAGCAGCACGCUGCAGCUCUCUCACACAUUGUCUUCAUGUGCUUAUUCGCCGGAUGACUCGCUGAAUCCAUUUUGUUUCCCCUUAGCACUGUAGCCUCUAUCGCAUGUUCUCAUCAUGAGCAGAUCUGCAGGAUGACUAGCUUGCUGAAGCCAUUUGGCUUCACUUGCAAUGGUGUUUCUGGAACGUAGCCUAACUUCUCUAA